GACCGGCCACAGCGGUCGCUGUGUGCGGUGACGGGAGGCUGACGUAGGGACGCAGUGGGCGGAGCUUGGAGGCUGUGUGCGGUCCGACCGCACACAGGGCCCGUGAACAGCCCUCCUGGUUCUUUGAUGACGUCAUUUACAGUUUGAGGGAAAUCUAUUCCGAGUGUGAGAGUGAAUAUAUUGAGACCUUGAAAACAGCUGAUCUUUGGCGCGCAUUGCAAAUGCGAGCUGUUUGCGCGCGCGGGAGAGAGACGCGUCGCGGUCGAAAGGACAACCUGAGAUUGCUCACUUGCUCACAAACUCCUUGAACAAUAUGAACACAUCAGAUGCGGGCAGCUGCGCGGACGGCUCGGUCAGCCGAAAGCGUCGCUCAGCCAGCAGCCACUCGUGCGGCCGGUGGCGCGUCGACACCGAGUCGCUGACGGAGGACAUUCUGGACGACGUCGGCCUGUCUCUGAUGGACGACAGCAGCGGCUUACCGACUCCGCCGGACAGCCAGAACGGCGCCACGCCAGCCCUGAAGCCGGCCGCCGCCCCGGGUCCAGCCGUCGACCCCUACUCGGUGAUGGAUGACGGCUAUGUCCCAGAGGGGUUCCUCGUCUACAAACGGCGCCGCACCGGAUCGUUCCGUCUUCACGACCCGUUCUGUCGGCAGUCGGACGAGAUCAUCCUGAAGAUAUUCGGCUUCCUGUCCAAGUCGAUGCUGGUGCGGUGCGCGCGAGUGUGUCGCCGGUGGCGCCAGCUGGCGUUCGACGAGACGCUGUGGCGACGGAUGGACGCCGCCGGACGGACGAUACCGGCCGGCGGACUGGGCCGGCUCGUGCAGCGCGGAGUGCGCCUGCUGCGGCUCACCAGGGCGGAGGUAUCGGCGCCGAUAUUUGCAGCAGACACGUCUCCUGGUUUCUCUGCCAAGCUCAUGUUUCUGGAUCUCAGUAUGGCUGUUGUACCAUCCGAAGGCAUCGAGCAGCUGCUGGCUGCCUGCCGCUCCCUGCAGAAGCUCAGCCUGGAGCGCUGUGACGUCACAGACCGGGCGUGCGCCGCGAUCGGCGCCAACCGGGGCCUGACGGCGCUCAACCUGGCGCUGGCCACGGGACUGACAGAUGUCGGCCUGGGCAGCAUCCUGGCCAACUGUACUAGGUUGUCUGAACUGAAUCUCGGCUGGACGGAUCUGAGCGGAGCCGCGCUCAGCAAGCUGGCCGCCACUGCACCCCUAUCACUCACCAAACUCAACCUCACCGGCUGCAAAGACGAGCUCACCGACGCACACGUACAGCAGCUUCUGCGGCGGAUCGGUAGCCGACUGCGCGUGCUGGAUCUCAGUGACGCCACCGCCAUCGGUGCCGGCUCGUUCGACGCUAUGAUGGAGCACCUUCCGGCCGUGGAGAGUCUGGGUCUGAGUCGCUGCUACAACAUCCCGGCUGUCAACUGCGUCCAACUGGGCCGGCUACAGACGCUGCGCACCAUGGAGAUGUACAACUGUUUCAACGAAUCGGGCGUGGAGACGCUGCGCCGCGCGCUGCCACAACUCCAGAUCAACACGCGGCCGUUCAGUGAGGUGGCGCGUCCCACGGUCGGCAUACGACGCACAUCCAUCUGGGAACGGUCCGUGCGAGACUGAGCGGUCCGUGGAGGGCUGGAAGAUUACACCUGCGCCACGAGUCAUCGUUUACCGGACCAGCGAGGCCGAUCCCUGGCGUGGGUCGUCUACAGGGUUGAGUUCGGAUCGGCAGCCAGCAGGAGGCAUGGAAAGGGGGAGCAGCUUUAGCGGGACCGGAGAGACCGGUUGCAGCAAGAUGGUGGACAGGGAGACUAGCAGCAGCAGGUUUGGAGCUAGAUGGGCACCAGCAGGACGUAUAAAGAGGGGGAUCGGCUGCAAUUAUGAUAAUGAACAGAAGCUGCAGGCGAGAGGUGUGGAGAAGGGGAGGCCAACUACAGCGGAUAUGGAGCGGAAGAAUAUGUGAAAGACGUGACUGGCAGGUCGGUCGUCUCAUCCCUCCAUCCAAUGAUUGUUCAGGACAGAACAGGGCUCAUAUUUUCGAAUGAGAGUGCAUGUAAUGGUAAUAGGACAAUUUGUACAGGAGUUUAUCUGGCUGGCUCAGUGUUGCCCUCUGAGAGUUAGGUGCGUGGUAUGCAUGUCUGCGGUGCCUUACGGCACACAUUCCUACUGGGAGAACGUUUGACAUUUUCAGCGGAUUGUGUGUGGACGGGCGCGCCAGUGCCCGGUGUGUGCAAUGCACUUUGGAUCAUCAUUUCACGAGCGGGUUCUCUCCGGGGUUCGCAUGGGCGUGUCUUUGACGUGGUCUACAUGUUUUACCUGUGACCACGAUGGGUUUCUUUCGUUUGAGGGUGUGUCACGUUCCUUUCCGUUCUUUGUUCGUAUUGUGUUUUCUAUUGGUCUUGUACUUGCCAAGCUGGACUGAACCGAUUGCGCCCGGUUGUGGGGUGUCGGUAAAGUUCCGCUGUGAUACCGGUCCCGGCGGCGGGUCCGGUGUACCUACUGUGAUGUAAUGUAUCCGGGGCCCCGGCUGUGCACGGAGCCGUCCGACCAGCCGCCGUCCUCUGCCCAGACGUGUAAUACACGGAUGGAAGUAA